UGAACUUGGAGUAAUUAUGGGUUGGAGGAGGAAAUGUGAGUCAUGUGACACAAGCUAGGCAAGUUGGCAAGGGGGGGAUGGGAGGCAAGGGGUGGGGCUCGAAAGCCCACACCUGAUAAUCCACAGAGGUUUUUUGCCACUUGCCUUCUUGAGUGGUUGAGUAGUUUCCUCUUGGGAUUUCAGUGGAUAAGGGAUAAAAAAACCGACUCGUAUUUGAAUAGCGUGAGUUCCAUGUAUAGGCUAGCAGUUUAAGAAUUUCGACUCUAAAUUCCAUUCCAGGUUUUCAACAUUCAAGAAUUUCAUGUCCGUUCCUAGUAGAGAAGUUAUCAGUUGGUCCAGGUUUUGUAUCCCACUAUUGGUAAAGCUUAGUUUGGGUUACAUCUAAUAUCCAUAUCUAUAUUUAGUUUGGGCUCGCGAAGUUUUUUCUUGUCUUGGGCUUUAUUUAUGUUAACUUCGCAGGUGUAAAGAGAUUGAGAUUUGAAAAAGAAGAAGCUUAUUCCCCCUAUCUAUCUCAUAAUAUCCGUCUUCUCUUUUAUUUAUUUUGUUGGAUUUACAUUUUGGCGCCAUCUGUGGGAAUCUGAACUAAAGGAUCCCUUGUUGCUCUUAUCAUGGUUAAAACUAGGUCAGCCCGAGGUGGAAACUCCUCUCAGCCUCUUGGACGAGGUCAGGCCCCUAGCAACCUUCCACCUCAUCCCCCACCCCCAAUCCCGAAUAUAUUCCCUCAUGCUGACCAUACAGAAGGAGGGGAUGAAAAUCAGCCACACAAUUCGGCUCACAACUCAGCCUCUACCGCUAACCAAGACAUAGUUGCAACUCAACUUGCUGCCAUGCAACAGCAGUUUGGUGUCUUUCAGCAAGUGCUGGCUCAGCUGUUAACCCGAAAUAAUCCUGGUGAUCCACUCAUCAAUUUACUUAAUCCUGCCCCACCACAACCCCCAACCCCACCACAAAAUCCUGAACCAGUUCAACAUGUUCCCGCUGUUAGUGAAUCUCAGGGCCAAUCUCACAUCGCCCCAGCCCAGCAACCCCUUCAUGAUGAUGUCACUCGACAUUUAGAUAGCUUAGAAAGGCUAGUGGUUGAACAGCGAGGUGUCCCACCUCCACAUCCUGCUGUUGACUCCGUACCCCACCCUCUCAACACCAAUAUUGUACUGGAACCCUAUCCCACUGGCUUCAGAAUACCACAGCUUGAAACUUAUGAUGGGACGAAGGACCCCGAUGAUCAUUUACAUGCUUUCUACUCUUGCAUGCAGGCCCAGAACGCCUCUAAUGCGUUGAUGUGCAAAAUCUUUCCCUCUACCCUCCGAGUUAAGCAGAGGGACGGAGAGUCUUUGAAGAAUUUUAUGAGCAGAUUCAAUGAUGCUGUGCUAGAGGUUAACUCUUUCGACCAAGCUGUGGGAAUUACAGCUGUGAUCUCAGGUCUCGGCCAUGAAAGAUUCAGAGACAGUCUGCUUAAACAUCCUGCCACUACCUUCAGUGAGGUAAAUGAUAGAUCAUUGAAAUUCAUAACUGUUGAGGAAUAUGCCCUGUCACAGAACAUCACUCCUAUUAAGAACCAAGACCCGGACUGGAGAGAUGAGAAUCCGAAUAGGAAACGGAUGAAGACAACACAGAACCGGGGUUCGAUGUCGGAUUCCACCCUGAGGUUCGGAAGGCCGAACUUAGCACCUCCGCAACAACCUGCAGGUAAACCUCCAGUUAAUUGGACUCCUUUUAAUUUACCGAGGUCACAAAUCUUUAUGCAGAUUAAGAAUAAGAUGGACUUAAGACGUCCGGAUCCAAUGAGAACUACUGCUGCUACCAGAGACCAUACAAGGUAUUGUGAUUUUCAUCAAGAUCACGGUCAUACAACAGAGCAAUGCAAUAGUCUGAGGUCCGAACUGGAAAGUCUGGCGCAGAAAGGAAUGCUGAAUGAGUACAUCCAGAGAGUUGAACAGCCACGGUUUGUCAUGGAACAAGGGACACAGCGUCAAAGAGUCCGCAAUCCCCCAAACAGGCAAGGUGUGGGAUAUCAGCAGGCCCUACCCCCACUCCCACCACCAGCUAGGGUCAUACACAUGAUUACGGGAGGUCUGGAGGCAGGUGGAUUGAGCUCUAAGCAGCGAAAGUUGUAUGUCAGAGAGGUUAGGCACCAGAACCGAGCUCAGAAGCGAAAGUUUGACGAUGCUGAGUGGAAGAAUCAACCCAUCACUUUCACAUCUGCUGAUCUCGAAGCAGUUGUCACACCUCACAAUGAUCCUCUAGUCACUUCUGUCACGAUCAACAAUUGUGAGGUGCAGCGUGUCCUUGUUGACACCGGGAGUGCACCCGACAUCAUGUACUUCCAUUGUUUUGAGAGUCUCGGGUUAGAUCCAGCUCUGUUGCAGCGGUAUGAUGGUCCCAUCUACGGAUUCAAUAACCAACCAGUUCCAGUUGAAGGCGUCCUCACCAUGAAUGUUGCAUUUGGCAGUGGUCGGAGUUAUGUGACCCCUUCAGUUAGGUUUUUGGUAGUCAAGAUGGCGUCCUCAUUCAACGUCGUCAUUGGCCAACCCACACUGACUGAAAUUCGAGCUGUGGUUUCCCAAUCUCACCUAUGCAUGAAGUUCCCAACUCCUACGGGCAUAGCAACGUUGCGAGGCAACCAGGAGGUGGCCCGACAUUGUUAUAUCACCUCGGUAACACAACCUCAGAAAGGCAAGGCUCAGACACCCGAGAUUAAUCCCAAACGAAUUCCUGAUGAUCGGCAGGUUAUGGGUGUUGAGAUAGUAGAUAACCGACCAGAAGAUGAAACCAAAGCCGCUCCAGUCGAAGAUGUGGAGGAGGUACAGAUUGAUGACAAAGAUCCAAGUCGGAAAACACAAAUUGGGACUAAAUUAAACCCGGAGGAAAGAGCAGAGCUAAUAGCUUUUCUUCGGGCCAAUAAAGAUGUUUUUGCAUGGACUUCAGCAGAUAUGCCGGGAAUUCCCACUUCAGUUUUUCAACAUAAAUUCAGCACCAAUCCCCUCAAGAAACCAGUAACCCAGAAGCGACGCCUCUUCGGGGGGGAGAGGUUAAAGGUUAUUAAAGAAGAAUUUGAGAAACUCCUACAAGCCGGCUUUAUCAGAAGGGUAGAUUACUGUGAGUGGGUCGCCAAUCCGAUGCUGGUGAAAAAAGCAAACGGUAAAUGGCGGAUGUGCAUUGAUUACACUAACCUCAACGAUGCAUGUCCAAAGGACUGUUAUCCAAUGCCAAACAUUGAUAAGCUGGUUGAGGCAGCUUCGGGAAAUGAGAGAUUAAGUCUCUUGGAUGCGUACUCUGGCUACCACCAGGUCCCAAUGGCUCCUGAGGAUGAAGAAAAAACCUCAUUCUAUGCUGGCGAUGAGAUCUAUUGCUAUGUAAUGAUGCCCUUCGGCUUGAAGAACGCAGGUGCCACUUACCGAAGAUGCUCACCACCUCUACUGACUAAAGCCAAAGAUGGAGAAAUCCUCUAUUUAUAUCUGGGAAUUUCAGAUGAAGCCAUUAGUUUGGUUCUGGUAAGAGAAGAAGCCAAACAGCAGAAACCAAUAUAUUAUAUCAGUAGUGUGCUACAUGGAGCCGAGCUGAGGUAUCCUAUAGCUGAGAAAGCAGCUUUAGUAGUUGUCACUUCGGCUAGAAAGUUGAGGCCAUAUUUCCAGUCGCACCUGAUCAUUAUUCUUACAGACCAACCCCUUCGGCAGAUUCUGCAAAAGCCCGAGUGUUCUGGAAGAUUAAUUAAGUGGGCAGUAGAACUGGGGGAAUUUGAGAUAACAUUUCAGCAGAGAUCUGCAAUCCGAGCUCAGGCACUGGCAGAUUUUAUUGUAGAGUGCACUCCAGGUAAUUCCAUUCCUACUCCAGAGCCCAGUGAGUGGACCUUAUAUAUUGAUGGGGCAUCUAGCAGCAAAGGUUCAGGAGCUGGUGCUCUCUUAAUCAGCCCAGAUGGAUACCGAAGUGAACACGCUUUGAAAUUUAACUUCGAUGCAACAAACAACAUGGCUGAGUAUGAAGCCCUCCUACUUUGUCUACAGCUAGCAUUGGAAUUAAAACUCAGUACGAUCCAGGUAUCCAGCGACUCCCAACUGGUGGUGAAUCAAAUUAACUCAAUCUGCGAAGUUGUUGAUCCUGUGAUGGUGAAAUAUGUAGCUCUGGUGGCCGAGCUGAAGUGCAGAUUUCAGAAAUUCUGUUUGAGCAAAAUCCCCCGAACUGAGAAUGAACAGGCAGAUUCACUCUCUAAAUUCACCUCUGAUAGUUCUUCACAUUCCAGAUCAGUUUUUGUAGAGGUCUUAGAUGAACCAAGCUUCAUGAAGCCACGGGUGAUGGAGAUCAGCACUGACCCUGGCACACCAAGCUGGACUGACCCAAUCCUCUCCUUCUUACGAGACGGGAUAGUACCUGAGGACAAGCAGGAGGCGAUGAAGAUGAGGAGGAAAGCAUCUCGGUAUACACUUGUUGAUGGGGUCCUCUAUAAGCGAUCUUUCUCUCUACCUCUUCUACGGUGCUUGAAUCCCUAUGAAGUAGAAUAUGCACUUAGGGAGGUACAUGAAGGUGUCUGCGGAAGUCACGUGGGUGCUCGAACUUUGGCUCAUAAAGUCCUUAGACAGGGUUAUUAUUGGCCCAACAUGUACAAGGAUGCCACUCACUUUGUUCAGAGAUGCUCGAAAUGCCAGUUCUUUGCGCACCUGACUCACCAGCCUGCAGAAGAGCUCACUACUCUAGUAGCGCCAUGGCCAUUUGCUCAGUGGGGAUUGGAUCUUUUGGGCCCAUUCGUGAAGGGGGUUGGUGGUGUAACCCACCUGAUUGUUGGUGUAGAUUAUUUCACAAAAUAUGGGAUCCCGAAUCAGAUUGUGGCUGAUAAUGGACCUCAAUUUAACUGCACCUCUUUUCGAGAUUUCUGUUCCAAUUACGGGAUUAAACUGCAGUUCACCUCGGUUUACCAUCCGGAGUCCAACGGCAUGGUCGAAUCUGUUAACAAGUGCAUCUUAGAAGGUAUAAAGCCGAGGUUGGAACAACACAAGGCCAAAUGGGCAUACGAGCUCAACAACGUCCUCUGGGCAUACAGAACUACGAGUCGAACUGCCACAGGUGAAACACCAUAUCAUCUGGCCUUUGGUACCGAAGCAGUCAUUCCUAUCGAGAUAGGAGUUCCAAGCUUCAGAGUCACCCAUUUCGAUGAAAGACGGAAUGGACAACUGCUUCGGGAGAACCUUGAUCUGCUUGAUGACCUCAGAAAAGAAGCACGACUUCGAACUCUAGUCUACAAGCAGAAAAUAGCAAACUUCUACAAUAAACGAGUUCAACCCCGAUCAUUCAAAGUAGGAGACCUUGUUCUCAGGAAAGCUGGUCUAACGGGGUUCGAAACUCGAUUCGGCAAAUUAGCACCAAACUGGGAAGGCCCCUACACUGUCGCCGAAGUGCCACACCCAGGUGCUUAUAUCCUACAGGACACUGAAGGCAAACGGGUUCCCAGAGUCUGGAAUAUCAAUAACCUGAAGAAGUUUUACCCUUAAGUAUACUUCAUUUGAGUGAACUUUGUUUUGAUAAUUCUUACUUUCACUCCUUCUGCUCAAUUUAGAGUGUAUUUUAACUCAAUUCAUAUAUCUCAUUAAUUUCACUUCGCAUUCGAAGUAAUUCAGUUCUUUCUACCCUUCUGUACUUUGGAAAUUAAUUCCUUAUGGCUUA